CUCAUUUUGUAAAUUGUUUGGCGAAGAGAAGGACCAUAGAUGCUACAAAAAAUGGGAUGGGUCUUCAACUGAAAUGGAAAUGGACUAUAUUAGAUGGAUUUCACUGUAGUCUGUAUAUGCAUGGAUUAAGAUAUAAAUAUCUUAUUGCUGAUGGAGAUAGCAGUGUUUAUCAAAAAAUAUUAGAAAGCAGGCCAUAUAGUAACACGUUAGUAGAAAAAAUAGAAUGCCGAAACCAUUUGUUGAGAAACUAUUGUGAACGUUUGCGGGAUAUUGCAGGAAAAAGGUACAGUACCGCAGGAAAGUUAGUUCCAGUCGAAUUGCGUAGUUUGUUAAAAUCUAAUAUUUUAACGCUACGAAUUGCUAUCGACAAAGCUGCUAAACAUCAUCGAGAAUCUGAAGUUGCAAUGGAACUUACAAUAAAAAAUCUAAAGCAUGACAUAUCUAAUAGCCCAUAUCAUGUAUUUGGGCUAAGUUUGCGGAAAAACUGUUGGAUUGCAUUAUCGGAAAAUGGUUUGUCCAGACUCUAUGUAGGACGUGUUAGAGGCCCUGCAGUGGAUCGAAAUACUUACAUUCAAAAUUGUCUUUCGAAAUUGGUAAAUUGUAUGAGAGAACAUCAUUCCAACGACAAUAUCAUGUUUUGGCCGGACUUGGCGUCGGCUCAUUAUGCUAGAGCCACAUGCGAAUGGUUAAAAGCUCAAAAUAUGCCAUUUGUGCCUAAGCAGAACAACCCCCUUGAACGUUCCCCAAACAAGACUAAUAGAGACAUUUUUGUCAAGAAAAGUUUAUGA